UGGGAGCCGAGCGCCGCUGCUUCAGAGCCGCUGAGCGACCGGGUUGCUGCCGCUGCUGGUAGAAAGAAACCAGCAGCAGGCAUAGAAAUGGGCCAUCUUGCUUGAGAAGGUAUAAAAUUCUCAUCUUGCUUGUGAAGUUUUUUCAGGACUGUGGUUCUCUUGCUGCUACCAUCCCCUGCCAUUUUAAAACAUCCUCUACAUCCCUCAGCCCCCAACCUACCACUUUUAAUUCAGAGGAUGUCAGGGGAACUGCCCUUGAAUAUCAACAUCAAGGAGCCACGAUGGGACCAAAGCACCUUCAUGGGGAGAGCACAGCAUUUCUUCACAGUGACAGAUCCCCGCAACCUUCUUCUCUCUAGCAAGACCCUGGAAGAGGCCCGGAGGGUGGUUGAGGAUUACAGGUUGGGAAAAGUGUCACCAGGCCUGACGGAGGACCAGCUAUGGCAGGCAAAAUACAUCUAUGACUCAGCCUUCCACCCAGACACUGGCGAGAAGAUGAUCCUGAUUGGGCGCAUGUCUGCCCAGGUGCCCAUGAACAUGACCAUCACUGGAUGCAUGCUCACCUUCUACAGAACAACACCUGCUGUGUUAUUCUGGCAGUGGGUGAACCAGUCAUUUAAUGCCAUUGUCAACUAUACCAACCGGAGUGGAGAUGCUCCCAUCACUAUCAACCAGCUGGGCACUGCCUAUGUCAGCGCCACCACUGGAGCUGUAGUGACAGCACUGGGACUCAAGUCCCUCACUAAGCAUUUGCCACCAAUCAUUGGACGCUAUGUGCCUUUUGCUGCGGUAGCAGCUGCUAACUGCAUCAACAUCCCAUUAAUGAGACAGAGGGAGCUAAAGUUUGGUAUCCCCAUUUUAGACGAGCAUGGGAACCGGCUGGGUGAGUCCAAGGCAGCCGCUCAGCAAGCGAUCGUGCAGGUUGUGGUGUCCCGCAUUGGCAUGGCCGCACCUGCUAUGGCUAUCCCUCCUGUAAUCAUGAAUGCACUAGAGAAGAGAGCUUUUUUGAAGCGGUACCCCUGGCUGAAUGCUCCUCUGCAGGUUGGACUGGUGGGUCUGUGCUUGGUGUUUGCUACGCCCCUUUGCUGUGCACUCUUCCCACAGAAAAGCUCAAUGAAGGUGAGUCGCCUGGAACCUGAACUCCAAGCUCAGAUCAGAGAGAAAAACUCUGGUAUUGAGGUUGUGUAUUUUAACAAAGGGCUUUGAGAAAAAAGGCUCUCUUAUACUACCCUGGUGUGGAGUCAACAGAACAAGAUGAAGAAGAACCAGGGAUCCAGUUCUUGUCAUAAGGAAGUUACUCUUUGCAAUUGUAUAACCCCCUUGAAAUGCUGCUUUCUUAUUGACAGUCACAUCUUGACAGGUCCUAUGUGUUUGUCAUAACCUUCCUGGAUUCAGGUGAACCAUAGGGGUAGAUUGUAUUGUGGCAAUGUGGUUGUUGUUGUGAUGUAUACUCCUGAACAAAGCAGAAACAUUCCAGACAUGACCCAUUUAGGAGUCAGGAGCAGAACAGUUAGGACCUGUAAGCAAACCCAGGCCCCAUAUUAUGCAUAAUUCCAAAAUGGUGUGUAUUUGUGUGUACUAUCCCUGUGAACUAAUAGAAAUUAUAUUUCUGAGAUCAUUUUGGGGAGAGGAAUGUCCAUAGACUAUCUUGACUCACUCAAGAAUAGGUUACAGCGGGAAGGACAGUUUGCUAGGAGUGUGUGUGUGUGUGUGUGUGUGUGUGUGUGUGUGUGUGUGUGUGGUUUUCCCUUGCUGAGUGCUAAAAACUUGCUUAUUUUCAUGAUGGCUAUGUUCUUGUCCUGAUUUUCAUGAUGGCUAUGUUCUUUUCCUGAUUACAAAGACUCUUGAUACAGAGAAUCUUUUACAGCAAAUAUCUUCCUUCCUCUAAGUAAAGCACACAUGUACAAGAAUGCAUUUAUAUACAACUAUAGGACUACACAACAUAUGGUGCAGUGUGAAGAAUAGUCAAACAUGCAUAUGCAGAUAUAUCCAGGGUCUUUAAAGGAAGUGAACAAGUUAAAAUCAUAUCAGCCUAUUUAUCUUGCUGGCAUUGCAGAGAGGAACAUUGUGGUUUAGGUUGUGAGAGUUCAUCUGUGAAGUGCUUUUAGAUAAAGUGCCCCUUUUGGACAAAGUGUUGAUUUAGAGGGCCUUUAUAGGAUAUUCUAGUAAAUAAAUUUACAGAUCUAAAAAUCUUCUUUAUAUUAGCUCUGAUGAGUAUGUAUCUAGCUGUGAAAAAGGGCACAAGGUGUGACCAUCUGGCCAUCCUUCAAGUGAAUCAUGCCUAUCACAGUUUGUUGAUAACAGCAGCUUUGCCCAAAGAGACUGGAAGGGGGGGCCAUACAAGUGUUAAAUGUUGGGUAGUUGUGUGGGACAGGAAGCUUGGAAGUGACACUACUUAAGAUGAGAAGGGCAGAUUUCUAAAAACAUAAAGAGCUGUGCUGGAUCAGACCAAAGGCGUAUUGACAUUCAGCAUCCUGCUUUUCACAGUUGCCAACCAGAUGCCUUCUGGAAGUCCACAGGCAGAACCCAGAGAAGUUGUAAUAACUGCAGGUUAAUAAGAGGCAAUAUGCUUAUGAUCUAUCUGCAACUUUAUUUUUUUAAUUAAAAUACUGUUACAAAAUCCAGGAUUUUAAAAAAAAAUGUUAAUGGUGCUGCAGAAUGAUUGUGCUUUGUAAUGAGAUGAAUUUUAUAGAGGUUUAUAGAAAGCGGGUGUUUGAGAUGCAAGGGUUCUUAAGUGGGCUUAGGUGGCCCAAGAUAGUUAUGGUAUGUCUGUACCAGAGUUGUUGUUUCGUAGUUCCAUACAUUUUUGCCUUGUAUUCUUCCCUGGAAUUGCUGUGAAGCUCUUUGUAUGUUUUCCAUAGAGUUUGCACUUUUGUCUCUUGGAAUUCUGUUCUGUUCUUUUGUUUAGGUUAUUGUAUGGUAAAUAAUAGAAGUAGCAUGAGGAAAAAUAUAUCACAAAGAUGGCAUUUAAGUUGAAGAUAAUUUCUUCAAACUCAGUAUGUCACUGUAGCUUUUCCUCCAGUAGAUAUAGGGAAAUGUAAUGGCAGUAGCACUCCCACAUUCAAAGUGCAUGAUGGUCUCCUCUUCCAAAAUGAGAAAGAAAUCAGUUUAAAUUCCCUUUACCUCCACACCCAUGACUCUGAGCACAGGUCCUGUUGUUGGCACAUUGUUGGCAUGUGCUUGUGUAAACAUGUGCCACAAACAAGAUCCUAAUUAUCAGUGUGUCAUGUUGAAAAUAUUGUAAUUGUUUUAAGCACAAAUGGCCAUUUUCACUGCACAUGGCUAUGAGUAAACAAAGCCCAUCAAUAUCUUUCCUGCAAUGCAGUCAUCCCUGUGCUUUACCAGAAUUUGUUCACACGGAAGUCAUGGCUGAAUGGCAGCUCCUGGGUUUCUGGUGUGAUGUUUAAGUGUUAAACCAGACAUGAAGCACUUGAUAAACUUCCCCUCUCCUGUACAUGCAUUGUACAUGCAUUGUGAUCCCACAAUUAAUUCUGUCUGCCAUGUGGAGUAAUGGCUCAUUGCAAAGAUCACCUUAUUUACAUACAUCCAUACCUUGACAGCAGCAGCAGUGGGAUCUGCUCCAUUGCUAAUACUUCAAAAAGGUAAAAAAGUGAAGGAACAAGAGAAUGCCUGCUGCUGCUGGUUUAAAGGGAUAAAACACUCCACAGCUGUAGAAGUACACAUUCCUCCGAUCAGUGCUCUCCUAUAUAUUGUACAACUAAGUUUCCAACAUCAUUUGCUAAACGCUACGAGGCUGGCUGAAACAGUUCUGAAACUGAGCUUGCCAUGGAGUUCACCAGUAGCAGGAUUAAUUAUUUAAAUUUAAAAUAAUAGUCCCAGUUCUCCCUUCUCAAAAAUUUAAAAAGAGCUUGAUGUUUUUUAUAACGCAUUAUAUACAUGCAAAAUGCGGUGAGAAACAUAACUGGCUGGUACUGGCUUCCCUCAAGACAGCUGAAGGUCAGCAAUUUAAUCCUGUUUUCUGUUCUUUUGAUCCCUGGAGCAAAUUACUUAUUUUAAUCUGAGCAAACCAGGCUGGGUUUGUUUGUUUGGUUCUUUAUAAAUGUCAUCUUUGCUGGAGGCUCAGGGGUUGCAAUCCGCUUUUUAUCAUGUUUACUCUUAACAAGACCUCAUCCAACUCUUUUUAAGUUUAUGAUGGAUUGUUUGAAUUUAUUUCUUUUUUUACAAAAAAAAGUUGGUUAUGUUCAAAGCUUAUUUUACCAAAUUUAAAAUGUUACCAAGCAGGAAUCCACAUUGAUUCCAUGUCAUACCUCCUGUUUAGCUUUAAAUAAGACAUCAUUUUCCAAAUAAAGAAUAUAAUGUGUCCCUCUUGCAUAUGA